CUGCAAUCAAAAACUCUAAUUCCCAGCCACCGCGUCUGGUGGCGCUGUCGCCGCAAAGCUUCUGCCCAAGCUUGUUCAAAACUUCCAGUGAGCAUAUGCAGAUGGCAGCGCCUAGAAUCUCUGUUUUGACAGGACAUGUCAACUAUAUCACUCACAAAUUCUAUAUAAAAUUAUAAUUUUCUCAAGGAAAAAACACCAAAUUUUCAUCAGGCAUAUGUCCUGCACAAGUUGCCAAUCAAAAUCCCUAACCCAUGACCACAUAUCAGGCAAUGUGAUAUGCACAUCAUUUGGUACGGUCCAGUCAUUCGACAAUUUUGACGCCCAAACCUAUGGGCAUGACGGCCCUAUUGGAACCUACAUCCAUGUCGGCUCUGUAGGUACCGGCUCUAUCCUAAAUUACAACGAGAAAAUCUAUGAGUCUAAUAAAUUAAUCGAUGAAUAUGCUUACAAAUUAAAUUUGACCUGUCAACGAUUUGUCGAUGUCAAAAACAUGAUUGAUGAAGUUACCCAAGGUGAAUUUGGGUUAGAGGAGUGGUUUCCCAUUUUAAUCGGCGCGUGUAGUUAUAUUGUUAUGAGAAUGGAGAAUAAAUCAUUACCAAUGGGUGAGAUUGCGUCUGUUUUGAAUUGUGAUGUGUAUGAAAUGGGGAGAAUGGUUACACGUGUGGUUGAGUUUUUGAAUUUAAAGUUGCCUGAAUUUGAUAUUGUGAUUAUGUUUGAGAAAGUUUUUAGUAACUCAAAAGUGGCUAAAUUGGUUAAAUUGGAGAGGGAUAAGUUGGAGCAAAUGAGACAACAAGGGGUGAUUUUGUUGAAUUGUGCUGUGAAGUGGUUUCUGACGACAGGGAGGAGGCCAAUGCCGUUGGUGGCAGCUGUUUUAGUGUUUGUGGCUGAGUUGAAUGGGGUGGGGAUUGAGGAUGUUGCCAAG